CAAAGACCAUUGCUUCUUUGGUUCCAAAGAGAAUUCUAGUGGACAUUGGGGAAACAGCAAAGCAAGAUGGUCAUGAAACAGCACUAUCAGCACAUCCUGGCCUUGGUAUUUGCUAUAAAGGAGAUCAAUGAAAAUCUACAGUUCUUACCCAAUAUCACCCUGGGUUUCAACAUGUAUAAUAAUGAUUUCCGUGCAACUACCAUUUAUCUUGCCUCCAUGGAACUUCUCUCUUCAAAGGGCAAAUUCUAUCCCAACUACAAGUGUGAAGCCCUGCAUAAUGUGAUAGCAGUCAUUGGAGGACCUAAUUCAUAUGUUGGUCUAAACAUGGCCCCCGUUCUGUCUGUCUACAAGCUUCCACAGCUCAUAUAUGGCUCUACAUUAGCAGUGAAUAUUAUACCCCAAGGAAUGUUCUUCCACCAGCUGUUUCCAAACGCAGCCAUUCAAUAUGAGGGGAUCCUACAGUUAUUGCUUCAUUUCAGGUGGAUAUGGACUGGGGUGCUUUAUCUUAAUGAUGGAAAUGGAGAAUGGUUUGUACAGAACGUUCUUCCCAACUUUUCUCUGAGAGGCAUCUGCUUUGACUUCAUAGAAAAAUUCCCACCAAUAACUUUUUUUACACUGCUUGCUGAAAUGCAUAAGUGGGUAGAAAUAACCAAGGUCCUUAUGAACAGCACUGCCAAUGCUUUGGUUGUACACGGCGAAAUCCAGACCAUGAUUAUUUUUAGAAUUAUGUUGCAAUUAUCAAAAGAAGAAGGUGUAGCAAUACAGACCAAGGUGUGGAUUAUGACAGCCCAGAUGGAUCUCACAUCAUUGCCUUUUCUAGCCGAAGUGGGCACUGAAUUCAUUCACGGGUCACUCUUGUUUGCAAUGCACUCAAAGGAGUUGCUGGACUUCCAGAAAUUUAUUCAGAACAGAAAUCCUACUUUGGUGAAAGAGGAUGGUUUUGGCAGGGUAUUCUGGGAACAAGCUUUUGGCUGUUUGUUCCCUGUUCCUGAAACACACAAUACGAGUAGUAAAAUCUGCACUGGGGAGGAAAGACUGGAGUCUCUCCCUACAUCUGUAUUUGAAAUGAGCAUGAGUAGCCACAGCUAUAGCAUCUAUAAUGGUGUCUAUGCUGUGGCACAUGCUUUGAAUGCCAUCAGUUUAUCCAACUCUAAGCACAGAUCAAGGACAGAAGGAGGGAGACUGCAGCUUCUAAUUACACAGCCAUGGAAGACACUGCCACUUUCUGUGUGUAAUGAUCAUUGCCAUAUGGGCUUUAGUAAGAAAAAGAAGGAAGGACAACCAUUUUGCUGCUAUGACUGUCAUCCAUGUCCACAAGGAAAGAUCUCAAAUCAGAAAGACAUGGAUGACUGUGUUCAAUGUCCUGAUGACAAAUAUCCAAACCACAGACAAGAUGCAUGCCUCCCAAAAGAUGUAAGCUUCCUGUCUUAUGAAGAACCCUUGGGGAUCAGUUUGGCCACUCUUGCUCUUUCCUUCUCUUUCCUCACAGCUCUGGUGCUGAAAAUCUUCAUCAAACACCAGGAGACUCCUAUAGUCAAAGCGAACAACCGGAACCUCACCUACACUCUCCUUGUUUCCCUCCUGCUCUCCUUCCUUUGUGUUUUCCUGUUCCUUGGGGAACCUGAGAAGAUACCUUGCCUCCUUCGACAAGUUGCUUUUGGCAUCAUCUUCUCUGUGGCAGUUUCUUGUGUCCUGGCCAAAACCAUCAUUGUGGUUCUGUCAUUUAUGGCCACCAAGCCAGGAUCCAAAAUGAGGAAAUGGCUUGGGAACAGACUGGCCACUUCCAUCGUCCUUUCUUGCUCCUUUAUUCAAGCCUUAAUUUGUACCGUGUGGCUGUCCACCUAUCCUCCAUUUCCAUAUUAUGACAUGCACUCAUUGACAGAAAACAUUGUUCUUGAAUGUAAUGAAGGUUCAGCCGUUAUGUUUUAUUGUGUCAUGGGUUUUAUGGGUAUUUUAGCCAUCAUUAGCUUCACAGUGGCCUUCCUAGCCAGGAAGCUACCAAACAGUUUUAAUGAAGCCAAGUUUAUCACUUUCAGCAUGCUUUUGUUCUGUAGUGUCUGGUUGUCUUUUGUCCCAAGUUACCUGAGUACAAAAGGAAAAUACAUGGUGGCCAUGGAGAUUUUCUCCAUCAUGGCCUCCUCUGCUGGGUUACUUAUUUGUAUCUUUUUCCCCAAAUGCUUUAUCAUUGUGGUGAGGCCUGAGCUGAACAAGAAAGGGCAACUCAUAAGGAUAAAGACUAAAAGAAUCUAA